AUCAGUAUUCUUUCUCUGAGUGUACGGCAACUGUUCCUACUGAAAGAGACGUAACAUUUCCUUCAGUAAGUAAAGACACAGCAAGUAAAGGAGCAAAAAUACGUAAUUACUGGUGGAAUCUUCGUGUUAAGAGUUCACAGGGGAGAUGGAGGAAGCUGUCCCCUCGUCCUUCCCUGAAAAAGCAAGAAGGGAGCCACGCCAUGCAGGGGACAGACCAAGGUGUCACUCGGGAGUGCCUCAACCACCAAGCCACAACUGCCCCCACCACCGCAACCAGAGAGCGGGAGGCGUGGCCAACAUGUGGAGCGUGACCACCGUGAGCAAGGCGUUCCGAGUGCUGCUGCUGCUGAUGCUGGUGGCGGGCGGCAUCCUCACCUUCCACUACUCCUAUGACAACAAGUACCUUGUCAGACUGCAGAACGCCACCCUUCGCCUCGUGUCGCAGGGGUUCACGCAGCACCAAGGUGUGGCAGACGGCAGCGGGCAGAGUUUGCCGUCGUGGCGAGAAGUUGUGUGUAAACAUAGGCAGGACAAAACGCAUGAGGGAAAGAAAACCCCGACCCUGAAGCAGUUAUUUAGGGAUGCGAUCCCUGAGGAGAACCGUAACAUUUUCCUGAUGGACACAGCGUGCAACCCGACACCGAAGUUCCGGGUUUGGUGCUCCGUGGAAAGCUGGGCGCGGCAGAACCCAGAGCGCCAGGUGUGGUUUCUCCUCACCUCGGACAGGAUAGAGGACAACACAGGGCUCUCCUCCACGCUGCUCCACCAGUACGCCAACCUGCAGGUGGUGACCGCUGACCUGGAUGACAUGUUUAGGGACACACCCCUCCUCCUCCUCUUCAAUGAACGCAAAUGGACCAAGACGUGGCCAGUGGAGCUGUUGAGCGACAUGCUGCGGGUUCUGGUGCUGUGGUGGUGGGGCGGCGUGUACAGUGACACGGACGUCAUCAGUGUGCGGACCCUCACACUGCCCAACAACUCCCUGGGCUUCGAACAUUCCAACAGUUUAGGCAGUGCAUUCUAUAGCUUCCAAGCCCGCCACCCUGCCCUCUAUCAAUUGAUGAGAGACAUGCAUAAAUACUUUAAGCCUAAGCAGUGGGGAAGCAUCGGGCCGAUCGCCAUAACACGCGUCAUGGAAAAAAUAUGCGGGGAAAAGACGAAAAUGUUGAUCCAUAGAGCGCCGGUGACCUGCCCAGGGAACGUCACACUCUUCCCUCAGAGAACCUUCUAUCCCAUGCUCUACAGUCAAUUUGAAUACUACUUCCUCCCUGGCAAUGGCAACAAGUUCAAUGAGACAUUCAGCAGGUCCUUCGCUUUGCACUUCUGGAACAAGAUGAGCAAGAACCACUGGGUGAAGGUGAACAGCAACAGUGUGUACGAGGUGGCGGCCAAGAGGUUCUGUCCCACCACCUACUUGUUUGCCACCGCUGAGUCUGACGUCUUCUGAACACAUUACUGACUUAACUACUAUCUCAUUCCAUAUCUUACCGUUGGAUGUGUUCGCAGCGACGCCAAGUUAUCGGAUUUCUUUACAUUCCCUUCCUCAGGCACGGGAAACGCACGAACUUGGCAUGACCUUGUGAGUAAAGUAAAGCUACAAAUAAGGAAACAUAACGUAGAUAUAGAAAACCAAGUCAUGAGAAAUGGAAAACGGGACUGUAAGAAGAACAGUGGUCGAAGAGACCUACAAUGCUAAAAAAAAAAAAAAAAAAAAAAAAAUAAUAGUAAUAAAAUAAAUAGAAAAAACUCUUAUUUUCCCCUAACUCAUGGACUUGUACAAUGGCUUUCAGUUGUUGAAGAAAAAAAACUCACAUUAACUGAAGAGCAGCAUAACGAUUACUGUACGGGAUACAAGAGUGAUCCUGAGACUGCAUUUGUAAACGUUUUUGUAUAGAAGAGGAAACAAUAGUGGAAAAAUAUAACAAACUGAAAAAUAGACCAAGAGGAACAUCAGGAAGUGCCGAUACAAAGACUACUACACUACUGAAUUAACUUUUAGCAGGCUCCAGAGGAAGUUAUUGGGGUUUCCGAUUGCUAGUUCAUGAUUCCAGUGAUAAUGAUUUUGCACCAUCAAUGAAAUAAAAGAAAAAAACAUAAGAACCUGAUUCAUCGUCCCCAUGACCCUUAAAAAUAGUACCGGGAGAGUAUGAGAAUUCAGAAUACGGGCUUUGAAAGUCACUGGGGUAGCGAGGUGAGUCUUCUCUAACAAACAAGACACUGGUGGCGAUUCCUUUGUUUGCCGCCAGGAGGACGCAAUGGCAGGUGUGCAGGGGACGCUCGGUAAUUGAGGACCCUCGUGUACUGAAACACUUUUGCGCCGCACCUCCACCACACUCAAAAGGCUCCAGUUGAAAUUACACGGGAUUUAAAGAGUAUUUUCUUCUUUAAUAACAGGAGAAACACUCUUGAGAACACGGCUAAUCAUCUUUGUGGCCUUUGAAAAUAGUCGUGGUGAGAGAGCGAGGCGUUUGAGAAUUCGGGCCUCCAUCUCGCCUCGUGACGGAACAAAUGACGUCUUAAGACUAAUGGUCUGUGAUGAUUUAGUGCCUUGUGAUUUUAUAGUAAGAGAAUCUAUUAAUUUUGUUAUAAAACGUAUGUAAGAUUUUU